AUGCUCAAACUUGCCAACCCUGGGACCGUAACCGAUCUGGUAACAGAGAAAGAUAAGUUUGGCGUAGAUCGGUUUCUCUACCUCUUUCUCUCAUUUGGUGCAUCGUUUAGGGGUUUUAGGCGUCUCAGACACGUUAUUGUCAUCGACGGAACUCAUCUCGGGGGUAAAUUCAUGGGCACUCUCCUCACAGCUAGCGGCCAGGACGCAAAUUUCCAAGUCUUCCCGCUUGCUUACGCCGUUUUCGACAGUGAGAACAACGACUCGUGGACAUGGUUUCUCGAAAAAUUGGAGAAGAUUCUGGCAGAUAGCUCCUCCCGAACAAUCAUCUCAGAUAGGUGCCCUUCGAUUAAGGUUGCUAAGGCGAAGAUAUAUCCAAAAGCCCACCACGCCGCUUGCAUAGUCCAUUUAGCCAGGAACGUUACUGCAUGCUACAAGAGUAAGGGCCUAGCCAAGAUGGUCAUAAGCGCAGCUUUCCAAUACCGCAUCGGAGGUUUCCGGAAGAUAUACAAUGAUAUUAGGGCUGCAAGUCCAGAUUGCGCUAGGUAUUUGCAUAAAAUUGGGAUUGCGCAUUGGUCUAGGGCUCACUUCCCUGGUGACCGAUAUAACUUGAUGACCAGCAACGCCGCUGAGCAGCUGAACAAGGCACUAAGGGGUGGUAGAAAUUCACCGAUACUCGAGCUCCUCAAAUUCAUCCAAGAUAUGAUGACUAGGUGGUUCAACGCUAGGAGAAAGAAAUCUCUGAAACACACGGGUAUGUGUACGCCUGAGGUGGAUAAGGUCUUGACAGCAAAUAUGGAGGCUUGUAAGGGAAGUAAGAUAAACAUGGUAUCGAGCUGGGCCGUACAGAUUGUUGGUCGUUUUGGCGAAAAACACCAAGUUCUUUUAAGAGACAGGAAAUGCACUUGUAGGGUUUUCGACAAGUUGAAGAUACCAUGUGGACACGCCCUCAUGGCUGCGGAUUCUUUGGGCCUGCCCUAUUCGUCGAUGCAAGGGGACACUUUCAAACCUACUGCGUGGGUAGACACUUACGAGGGUAUAGUUUUUCCGCCUGAAGAAGGAGUAGAUUACGAUUUUCCCGCAGACUUGUUCAAAGUCAGUGUCAUGCCUCCUAAUACCCACAGGCCCUCAGGGAGGCCAAAAGAAACAAGGAUUCCAUCCACCGGAGAAGUCCCAGUAAGUCAAAUUACAUCACUAUCCCCAUUACUUUUAUAUUUUCGAACCUGCUCCAUCUUGACUCACUGUUUUCCGAUUGAAGUUGCCCAAACCAAAGAAGGAAGUUCCAAACAAGUGUUCCCGUUGCCAGGGUGUGGGCCACAACAGGACCAGCUGCAAAACCCCCAUCUAUCACUAUUGUAG